ACCCUGAAUGGAUUGAUGAUGAUGAACAGAGAAAAGUUAGAAGAAGCUGUAGGAAUUAAUAUAACCAUGAUAGGGCUAGACGAAUGCCUGGAUGAAGAAGAGAAUAAAACAUGUGACGGAUCCUGUAGGAACAACUUAUUAAUUAGUGCCUUAUCCUACAUGGUAAACUCGAACAAAUCUUCUUUGGCAGCACCAAAAAUCACCCUGGAACCUGAAUGUUCUUGCAAAGCAACCACCUCUACACAGCUAGAAACAUGUCAAAACAACCCUUGUCUAAACAAAGGGAAAUGCAUCACAGUUUCAAAAAACUCUGCUAUGUGUUCGUGUCCUUUAGGUUUUGAUGGUCCAAGAUGUCAGAAAAAUAUUAUUAGUUUUAAAGAAAACGGUUUUUCCUGGUUUCCACCUUUAGAAAUCUGUGAUAUCAAUCAUUUAGAACUAAAUUUUUUAACGUUAAACCCGUCGGGGAUGUUACUUUAUAACGGACCUAUAUCCCAUCCAAAAAAACUGGCAAAUAUAGUGUCUGAUUUUAUUUUGGUGGAUCUCGAGGAAGGUUAUCCAAGACUUUUUAUCAACUACGGUUCAGGAACUAUCCAAGUAACUGUGAAAACAAAAAAACCUCUGCACGACGGUGAUUGGCAUCACCUUGACGUCUUUUGGAAUACAGAAAAAAUACGUCUCAUUGUCGAUUACUGUAAAGGAGCUGAUAUAGUUGAACUGGAAGACGAGACAGCGUCUGGAUUCGAUUCUAGCAGCUGUCAAAGUGAAAAAAAUGUACCAAAUUUUCGUGAAUAUGUCAAUAUCAACGGUCCUCUUCAAAUUGGGGGGUUGUGGAUGGAUGAUUUCGAUCCUUCCGAGUAUUUUUGGGAAGAUAAAAUAAAAAAUAGGUUUUUUAAUGGUUGUAUAAGGGAUGUAUAUAUGAAUUCGAGGUUGAUAGAUUUGGGAAAUCCGGCCAUGUUUCGGAAUGUUAGUAAGGAUUGUCAUUAUAUGGAAGAGAUGUGUCAGAAGCUUAAAGAAAACGUCGGUUGUGAAGAACACGGUUCCUGUAAUGGAAACAUCCAUCAAGCCGAGUGUCAGUGCAAGCCAGGAUGGACAGGACUAAACUGCUCAAUUUCAACAAUUUCAACAUCAUUUAGUGAACAGUCCUACAUCAAAUACGCCUUGAGUUUUGAUCCUGAUCGUUUUCACACAGAAAUCCAACUAAAAUUCAGAACACGUGAAAAAUUCGGUGAACUAUUCCGAAUUUCUGAUCAAAACAAUCGGGAAUACGUAGUUCUCGACAUCAGAGACUCAGUACUGUGUUUUCGGUACAACUUGAACUCUGUGAAUCUAGAAGAAACUAAAUUAAUGUUGAGUGAGGUGAAUGUGAACGAUGGCCAGUGGCAUUUAGUGAAAGUAACGAGAUACGGUAGUGUGGGAAUCAUUAAACUUGAUGACGGUGAAGGUUUGAGGUAUAACGAAACGUUUCGUUUUGUGGGGCAUCAGUUUCUGCACAUAGACAAGCAGGAAGGUGUGUUUGUUGGUGGUAAAGCGGAGUUUACCGGUGUGAGAACGUUUGAAGUGCUGUCAGAUUUUAGAGGAGGUUGUAUAGAUGACGUAAGACUUAACGGAAAGCAUCUUCCUCUUCCACCCCCUCGCCAGAAAAACAUCCGGCAGCAUUGCAUUGCAGCAAAUUUAUAA